AAGAAGACCAGAGGGACUUUGCCCAAGUGCUGAUAUGGAACAGGUGUCAUCAACAGGCAAACCUGUGCGGAUCACUGUGACAGAUGGAUAUAACUUGAAAGGUGUUAAAGGGGAUACUCCAGUUACUUUUAUUCGUGCAGAAUUCAAUAAUGUGGUUUUGGGAGACUCUGCAAAAAUUACUGUUUCUCCAGAAGGAACUGCAAAAUAUAACUUCACUAGCAGUUUUGAGUUCAAUCCUGAAGGAGGAAUCACAUUAGAUGACCUCGCCCACAAACCUGUGUUCUUAACUGUGACUGAAGUUUUACCAAAGGAAAAGAAACAGAAAGAUGAGAAGACUUUAAUUCUUGGUCAAGCUGUGAUAGACCUUCUUCCUUUACUGGAAGGAGACAGUUCAUUUGAAACAGUGAUUCCAUUGCAUCCUGUGCCAGGCUCACCCUUAGAACCUAUUCGAUCUAGUUCUAAGCUAUGUGGUCUUGAAGUUAAAGUAUUUGUGGCAGAACCCUUAUUGACCACAGCCCAGAUCUCAGGAGGUAAUCUACUGAAGGUCACAUUGGAGGCUGCCUAUUCUGUGCCUGAAUCCUUUGUUCCGACAGGGCCCCUACAGAACUACAUGGUUGGUCUGCAAGUUCCAUCAGUUGGAGAGAAAGAUUAUCCUAUUUUCUUCAAGAAUGGAACUCUGAAGGUUGGAGGGGAAAAAGAACCUGUUCCCAGGCCCAAGAAAUGGCCUAUUCCCAACAUUCUGGCUCCAGGAGCUAAUAAUAUUCCUGAUGAAUUCAUUGUCGGUGGGCCUUAUGAGGACGAAGAAGGAGAACUCAACCACCCUGAGGACAAGGAAUUUAGGAACCAAGCAGAGUGCAUUAAAAAAAGGAUUACUUGGGAUUUGGAAAGUCGCUGCUAUCUUGAUCCUUCUGCAGUGGUCAGUUUUCAGAAGCGAAUUGCUGAUUGUCGAUUGUGGCCUGUAGAGAUCACAAGAGUUCCUAUGGUUGCUGUGCCCAAAGGGAAAGCUGCCAAACUUGAAAAAGCUGAUGAUGAAAGUCCACUUUCAUUUCACGGUGUGGCUUAUGUUAAUAUGGUUCCAUUGCUGUAUCCAGGUGUGAAGAGGAUUAGGGGAGCUUUUCAUGUUUACCCUUAUCUAGACAAUAUAGUCUAUGAAAAGACCAAAUGUUUAUCAAGCUUGUUUCGGGAUACUGGUCAUCAUUUGAUUCAGAAUAAUAAAGUAGGAGGAAUUAAUUCUCCAUUGUCCAAACCACCUGUUCCUAAGAAUCUUAAAGAAGAUAAAACAGUCAAGGAAAAGGAAUUAGAAGGGAAAUCUAGACCUGGGGAUAUGCAAGCACCCAGUAUAAAAUCUCAGAGCUCAGAUACUCCUUUGGAAGAACCUUCUCUCUCCCAUAAUCCAGAAGGACAGCAAUAUGUAGAAGCAGGGACAUACAUCGUGUUGGAGAUUCAGUUAGACAAAGCCUUGGUUCCAAAACGAAUGCCAGAAGAGCUAGCCAGAAGGGUGAAGGAAAUGAUUCCUCCAAGGCCACCUCUUACCCGCCGGACAGGAGGAGCUCAGAAAGCGGUGAGUGACUAUCACACACAGAUCAAGAACAUUUCUAGAGCCAUUCUAGAUGAAUAUCACAGGAUGUUUGGAAAACAGGUGGCUAACCAGGGUAGAGAGAUGGAUAAUGAAACCUUGGAGGAGCAGAAGUGCCAACUCAACUAUGAACUUAAUUCCUCUGGAAAAUACUUUGCUUUCAAGGAGCAACUCAAGCAUGCUGUGGUAAAGAUCGUGAGAGAGAAGUAUUUGAGGACAACAUCGUUUGAAAGCCAGGAGGAACUACAGACAUUUAUUAGUGAACUCUAUGUGUUCCUGGUGGAUCAGAUGCAUGUGGCUCUAAACCAGACUAUGCCAGAUGACAUCCAAGGUGCUGUUUCACCUAGUUAUACAAUGAAUGAACAGCUUCAACUCUUUGCAUUUGAAGCAGAAGUCAAUGAGGACUUUGAAAUGGCAAGAAUGUUUCAUGAAGAGAGGUUGGCCCGUGAGCCCCAGAACCUGGAGAACUGGCUGGACUAUGGUGCCUUUUGCCUCCUAACUGAGGACACUAUCAAGGCACAGGAGUGUUUUCGGAAAGCUCUUUCCCUCAACCAAAAUGAUAUUCAAAGUUUGUUGCUGUGUGGUGUCCUGGCUGUCUUGAUGGAGAACUAUGAACAAGCUGAAAUUUUCUUUGAGGAUGCUACUUGCUUGGAACCAACUAACGUUAUAGCCUGGACUUUACUGGGUUUGUACUAUGAAAUUCAAAACAAUGAUAUUCGAAUGGACAUGGCAUUUCAUGAAGGCUUCAAACAGCUUCAGGCACGGGUGCUUCAGACACAAGUAACAAAACAGAAGAGCACUGGUACUGUAGAGUAUGUUGAAGAAGGAGGAAAUUUAGAAUCUGGUUUGGGCCCUUGGAGAAUCACUAGUGGUUCUUCUACAGUAGCAUUCAAAGGGGAAGCUCCAGCAGGACCUGGCAUUCCAUUAUCCAUUCUAGAUGAAUUCCUUGAUGAAUCAUCCAUAUUACAAUCUGAUUCACAAGAACCUGCUAUGCUUAUGCAACCUCAGGAUUCAGCUCUUGGCCAAAAACCAUCCAACUUAUUUCUCAAGGAGAUGCCAGCAAAAAAAGAAAUAUCAAAAUGUGAAGAUUCAUCAACUUUGUUGCAUACCACCCCACAGGGUGUUUCCCAAACUCCUACCACCAUCUUCAUGGAGACAAUCCGCUUCCUGAUGAAGGUCAAUGCUGUGCAGUAUGUGCACAGAGUGCUCGCACAUGAGUUGUUGUGCCCUCAAGGAGGCCCCAGCUGUGAGUAUUACUUGGUGCUUGCACAGAUACAUCUUCUCAAGAAGGAUUUUGCCAAGACAGAGGAGUAUCUCCAGCAGGCAGCCCAGAUGGACUACCUGAACCCAAAUGUCUGGGGUAUAAAGGGCCAUCUCUAUUUUCUGAGUGGGAAUCAUGCUGAAGCAAAGGCAUGCUAUGAGCGGACUAUUAGUUUUGUGGUGGAUGCUUCUGAAAUGCACUUUAUCUUCCUACGACUGGGACUCAUCUAUCUGGAAGAGAAAGAGUAUGAAAAGGCAAAGAAAACCUACUUGCAAGUCUGUAAGAGAUCACCUUCAUGUCUGACCUGGCUAGGACUGGGCAUCGCCUCUUAUCGGCUGGAAGAGCUCACAGAAGCUGAAGAUGCCCUUUCUGAAGCCAAUGCAUUGAAUAACUGCAAUGCUGAAGUAUGGGCAUAUCUGGCUCUAGUCUGCCUGAAAGCCGGACGGCAACUGGAAGCUGAGCAGGCCUAUAAGUACACACUGAAGCUGAAAUUGAAAAAUGCAGCUCUGCUUGAAGAGAUCCAUAUGGUACAGGAGGCAGUUGGCUUUGGAAAUCCAUCUUUUUGACAUCUUUGCAUGUGAAGAAUUUUCUGAAUGGGAUUUUGAGGUCCUUUCUUUCCCACAGAAAUUAAGCUAUGAAAUAUGAGACUUAGGAUGGAGAACAAAAGAAUCUUUAAAGAGAAAUUCAUUCCUUUCUGGUAAUGGCUUCAGAACCCCUAUGUCCAACUCUGUAAUACUGGAUGCGUUACUAAUUGACAGUAACUGGACUACAUUAAAA